AGCCGGGCGCCGUGCGCUUCGGCCCGCCUGAGGGCUGUGGCGACCACCGGCCGCACCGCUACCGCAGCUUCAUGAUCGAGGAGAUCCUCACGGAGCCGCCCGGGCCCAAGGGCGCCGCGCCUGCCGCCGCCGCCGCCGCGGGCGAACUGCUCAAGUUCGGCGUGCAGGCGCUGCUGGCGGCGCGGCCCUUCCACAGCCACCUGGCGGUGCUGAAGGCUGAGCAGGCAGCAGUAUUCAAGUUCCCGCUGGCGCCACUCGGCUGUUCCGGGCUGGGCUCGGCGCUGUUGGCCACCGGUCCUGGGCUUCCCGGAGCCGCGGGUGCCGCGCACCUGCCUUUGGAGCUGCAGCUACGCGGUAAGUUGGAGGCAGCGGGCCCCGGGGAGCCGGGCACGAAGGCCAAGAAGGGACGCCGGAGCCGCACCGUAUUCACCGAGCUGCAGCUGAUGGGCCUGGAGAAACGCUUCGAGAAGCAGAAGUAUCUCUCCACGCCGGACAGAAUAGAUCUUGCUGAGUCUCUUGGCCUGAGCCAGUUGCAGGUGAAGACUUGGUAUCAGAAUCGAAGGAUGAAGUGGAAGAAAAUAGUGCUGCAAGGCGGUGGCCUGGAGUCGCCUACUAAGCCCAAGGGGCGGCCCAAGAAGAACUCCAUCCCCUCCAGCGAGCAGCUCACAGAGCAGGAGCGCACCAAGGAGGCGGAGAAGCCGGCGGAGGCGCCAGGCGAGCCCAGUGACCGGAGCCGCGAGGACUGAGCUGGGCAGAGGGUGCGAAGCCAGGGACCCCACGACGUGGCCCCUCAGCCCGCGGGAGCCCGCGAGCCGACCCUUCUGCGUCGUCCACGCCGUUUGCCUUUUAAAUAUUUUAUUAUUACUCUGAAUGCGGACAAUUGGGGGCCCAACAGGGAAGGACACAGACCCUGACCCUAACCCAGGCGCACCUGGUCCUAACCUGGGAGCGUCGCAAGCCGCAGGGCAGAAGCUCUUUCCCGGAGCUCCGCGGCGCGGCACCACACGUGCAUGUUCGCCCAGCUCCUCGCCCACACUCCCUGCCUCGGGUGGCCUCCGGGUCCACGUAUCCAGGCACACAUCCGCUUCCUCGAGCCCUGGCCAGAGACCCAGCAGCCGGCGCAGGCCACCAGCAGGAUAACCGGGCUGCGCGGCCCUAGACCGGUCCGAUGUCGCUGGGGCACCUACCCCCCUCUUGCGAAGAUGGUGACUUUUUUCCAAUAAAAUAUUUUAUGACACA